AUGAAUCCACUUUUAACAAUUUUAAGCACUUUACUAAUUAACUCUUUAGCAUCAGUCAUUAUAGUUUAUGAUUAGAAGAAUGACACAAUUUAAUAGACAGCUAAUACUAUUACUUUUAAUAUCACUGCAAUUUUUCCAACAUCUUCAGAUAUAUAAGUAGAUGUAUAAUUACCUAAACAAAUAAUUGGUUAAGAAAAUAUUGUAUGUGGUGUAACAGGUUUGACCAAUGGAGCUUGUAAUUUAGUUUACAGUAAAUUUAUAAUUACUUUUAAAUCUGCCACACCUACUUUUCAAAUUAUAUUUAUAAAUGUAAACAAUCCUAUAACUACAUUUACUGAUCCAGUAUAAUUAAAUGCUUCAGUCAUUUCUACAAAAUCAGUGAUUUUUACAGAGGUUGUCUAACUAAAAUUUUAGUUGAAAAAUUUGCCAAUAUCCAUAAAUUAACCAUCUACAACCUAUAUAUAAGCUCCAUUGAUAAUAAACAUAGAUGGCACUUCAAUUACAUAUCCAACAUAAUCACAAUUAAUAAUAACUACAAAUGGAAUUAUGGAUAAUUAAGCUAAAUUAAGUGGGAUAAUAUUUGACUCCAUAAUACUUUAAGAUAAUAAAAUAAUUAUCACUAAUGCUUAGCUACUAUCUAAUGCAAAAUCUUCUAUAACUAUUUCGAAAUUUAUGAUUAAAUCUAAUGAACCAAUAAACUAUAAAAUAGAGAUAUUAGACUCUAAUAAUGGAUAUAUUACAAUGUUUUCAACAUCUUAAGUAGUUUAAGCAAUAAAUAGUAACUAUGAUUAUACUUUGUCCACAGAAAAUUAAGUAGUUGGAAUGCCAACAGCAAUAAAAGUUAUAAUAUGCAAUCUUGAUGAAUAGAGUAAGUUUAUUUUUACUACUUCACUUGUAAAACUUAAUUAUGUUACUUCAUAUGAAUCUAAUUGUCAUAAUACAUUGUUUUAACAAUUUAUUAAUCCUCUUUCUUUGAAUACUAUUAGUUUUGAUGUAUAGGUUACUCUAAAUAAUUAUGAUAGCAUCAAAAGAUCUAUCUCAUAUACUCCAGUUAAGGAUAAUAUAUAAAUGACUAUGUCUUAGAAUACAACAAUAAUGUUAAAUUAUGCCUUAGUUAUAUUAUCUUUGUAAUUAAAUUAACAAUUUAGUAAUUUUUAUAUUGAAUUGAUAAACUCAUAUUAGACAAAUAGUUGUAAAAUUUAGGAUGUAGAUUGUUCUUAAAUUAAUAACAUUUAUAAAUCUAAUCUAUUAGAAUAAAAGUUAAAUAAAGUUAUAAUAAAAUUAGAGAUCUUAUUACCUGGUUGUGAUUCUUAUUAAUUUUAGACUAAACUCAUAUAUUAAAAUUAAGAAUUAGCAAAAUCUAAUUAAGUAAUUCCAUAAUUAGUUAAAUACAAAUUAGCUUCAACAUUAAGUACAUCAUCUUUUAAUAUUGGAGAAGAAUCAGUUUUUACAAUUAAUGGGUUGGAUUCAACAUAAAUUACUAAAUAUUAUAUUUCAACUACUUUAACCGAUUUAAAAUGUUAAGAUUGCAUCUCAGUUGAAAAUUAGUUAUAAUAUGGUUAGGUUAGCAAUAUUUAAUUUUCAGCUAAUAAUUUUUAAAAUGUAAAGCCUUAUACUAUUACAAUAAUAGCCUACAAAGAUUAAUGCUUGAUAGCUGAAUAAAUUUUUAGAUAGUCAGCAAUUCCACAAUUAUUAUCAUUAUCUGUUAUUACUGAUAAUAAUUACUAAUAAGCCUUAGGUAAUUGGCAAGUUACUAUUGCUCCUGAUUUGUAAGAUAAAGGUAUAUUGAGAACUCCAUUUAUAUUGCCAAAUAAUUAAGAAAAUAAAAUUAAUGCUUCAUCUAUGUAUAUCAAUUAAACAUAAUAUUCUUUAAAUAUGACUAAUUAAUACUUUGAUAAAGAAUAAAAUUAUUGGGAAGUAGGAUAUUAUAGAGAUGGAUAUUUAUAUGCUUAUGGCAAUUUGACCUUACCAUAAUUGGAUAUCAUGGAAUUUAAGAAUUUGAAAAUAACUAAACAAAAUACUUAAAUAAAUGAAACAGAUAAUAUCACUAUAACUUUUGAUACUUAUUUCGAUAUUCCUGUCAAUGGUAAAUUACAAUUAGAUGUAGACAAUUUAUUAUUAAGCAAUUUUACUUUAAAUGGAGAAGAUAUCAAUAAUUAAGUUAUAAUUGCAAAAGGAAAUUAAGUAUUAAAUUUUAAAGUAUCCUUUAUGAAUCCAAUAAGUAAUUAUUCUGAAUUUUUUAAUCUUACUGCAUUUAAUGAAUUAGGAAGAAUUUUAUAAAAAUCAAAUAUAAAAUAUACUUUUAAUUAUGGUUGCAGUAUAGAAUAAUGUGGAGUUUGUAAUCUAACCGAUUGUAUUGCAUGCAAAUCCACAUUUACAUUAAUGAAUAAUACAUGUUAGUUAAUAUGUAAAGAAAAUCAAAUUAUUGUAAAUAAUACAUGUGUAAAUAAUUAAAGUAAUAAUAAUAAUAGUAAUAAUGUAAAUGAUACUAAUCAUUCAAAUAAUGAUACUAUCAAUACUAAUAAGACAGUAGACAUAGCUAUUCAAAAUGGAGAAGAUUCUUUUGUUUUUACUCCUCCAAUAAUUAGUCCAAUAGUAAUUCUUAUUUUUUUAUUUGCUUUAUCUCGCAAAUUUUGGAGUAGUGAAUCAGAAACUUUUAUAAUAUUUUAUUCUUUAGCAUCUAUAAUGGAACACAUUAUCCAUAUAUUUCUAUUUAUUUAUUUCUUUGUUACUCUGGAUUUGAUAUAUGGAUUUUGUAUGAUUUCAGUAAUUGUAUUGCAUUUUUCAUCAUAAAUUUACAUAGUUUUCAUGAAUUUAUUCAAGAUAGAUCCAGAGUAUAUUGGAAUUCGUUAAUAAAGUAUUUGGUUUAAGAUGCUCCAUAUUAUUUCAUUAACUUUUUGUGGAAGGUUGCUAUUGUUAUUAAUAAGCAAAUUUGACUAAUCUUAUGUUUGGUCAACUCCUUGGACAUUCAAAAUAUCUGUACUUCAAAGAUUGUCUAAUUAUUUGAAAUUUCAAAUAAUAGCUUAGAUAGGUGUAUUAACAUUAGUAAUAUUGGUCAUUUUACAAAAACUAUUUCUACUUUACAUCGAAAUUCUUAGUUUUCAAAUCAUACAAACUGUAGUUACUCUCUAUACUUUUAAUCAUUUGAGAAAUCAAAAAAAUUAAGAAAUUAGAUACACAUAUGUUUGA